UUUUUAUCUACCGAUUCUACAGAAUGAAAACUUAAAUGACAUCCCCUUUCUCCUAUUUUAUUGUCAUUUAUGCUGAUACCCAUCAAUUGUUGGUCGAGGAUGUGCCAAAACUGACUCACAAAAAACUAUACAACUUUGCUGCUUUAUUUGUUGGUCAAGGAAAGAAUACCGAUACCGAGAUCACUGAAGCUUUCUUACAAUUUAUCAUGCGUAGCUUUGAGACGCUCAUAGAGAAUCAUGUUGGAACCAACUUCAAGCCAAAAACGCUGCGCUAUCUCUUUACGAGGCUUUCUGACACAACUGAAUUUCCGAACCACCCUUUCCGAACUGAUGUUAAACGCAACCUAGCUGAGCGGGUAUAUAAUGCUAUUUGUACCAAUCAAGAAAUAAUUUACCCUGCUAAUCUGGAAGUUGCCGAAACUCACAAAACCUCAAUCAACAAUCUUAUUGAUGAAUGCCGCCAAAGAUUACAUGGCUUGAACCUGACUGAAGCAGAUUACUAUGCUAAACCUCACUUGUAUUUGCCGAUGUGUAACUGGGACCAGUUCAAUGAAGCUUUGCGAUAUAUAUUUCGGAACUUUGAGGCAAUUAAAAGCUAUUACACCAUUGGGUUGAAAAAGCUCAAAUAUCACAGCUAUAGAAACAAGCAAAAAGCAUUGACCGAAAUGUGUAAACAGUUGUUUACAGGUAGCAGAAAAUACCAAGAAGGUAAUCCUGAUAUACAGCAAGCAAAUCAGCAGAAGUGGAAACCGUUAUCCCCUAGAGACAAUGCUGGUGAAGCUGAAAGGCAUACUAGUAGUGGCGUUUGGUUCUGCUCUAUUCGGUGGGCUUCGUGGGAAUGUACCUUCUCCAACAAAGGUAUUCAGAAAAGCCUUGCUAAAUUAUGUCAAAUCAACCAGACGCAACCAGCCAAAUUCAAGAAAGUACGUCGUUAUGAUUGAUGAGUAUUUCACAAGUCAAAUAUGCCCCAGAUGUCAUACAAGAAAUACUUUCAACCAACGUGAUAACUCCAAUAUGAUGAUCCAUCCAGUUCUCAAUUGUCAAACUUGUAAUACUCGAUGGAACAGAGAUCACAUGGCGAGUCUCAACAUACGCUCUAUCUUUUUGUAUAUGGCUGCCAACAACAACAAUCGACCUGAAGAGUUUCGGCGGGGGUAAGCUAUCUUGAUAUUAAUAUAGAUUUCAUUACUUCAUAUGCUAACAACAAUAUUAUUAUUUGUGGAAAAAUAGCCUUAACAAUUGAAUAACAUUAUGUCUUGUAUAACAGCAAGACACCCCAUAUUUACAGGUAAGUUGACCUAUUUAUUCGCCCAAAAAUUAAAAGUAUCUUAAUAUGUCCCAUUUCCGUAUCGCUGUCCUACUUUUGUAUCUCUGUCCCACCUUCAUAUUGGUGUCCCAAUCCAAUUUUGA